AAAUAAUGCUGACGGUCCCUCUUAUCGAAAUAAAGGAUUAGAAGCCUUGAAACUACUGUACUGUAAAUCUUUGAAAUCUAUACAUUUUUAAAAAGGGGAUCUUACCCGAACUGGCCACUAGAGGGGGCAGAGACCAGGCGAUGGGUGGCGCGAGCUAUUAAAACAGCAUUUGCUCUCAUCCGCGUUUUUCAGCACCCACAGGGCGGGUUUGAAACCUGGAUACUGGGUUUGCUCUGUGUCUGCAGAGCCAAUAGACUGGUUUGGGGUCUCCAUACGUUAUUUGUAUGCCAGCAUCCUUCCCCCCAAGAUGGCAUACCAGAACCCACCCAUCCCCUGCCUGCCCCGAUGCCAGGGAGAGGCUCUUGGUGGUGGCGGUGAGGAAGCUUCCUCCAACUAGGAAAUCUGUUUCGGGAGUCUGGGAGCAGCCCCGGGAGGUCGUUCUGUCGGGUGACCCUGCUUUUUCUCAUUCUCUCACAGGCAAGUGGCAGGCGCGGUGGGUGCCGUCCCAUCACCGGUCCGACUAUGGGACGUUCAGACUGGCCACCGGGAAGCUUUACAGCGACCGUGACUUAGACAAAGGUCUCCAGACCAGUGAGGAUCUUAAGUUCUACGCCAUCUCAUCACGAUUUAAACCCUUCAGCAAUGAAGGGAGACCUUUAGUGAUUCAGUAUACGGUGAAACACGAGCAGAGGAUCGACUGCGGUGGUGGAUAUGUGAAAAUCUUCCCUUCCAGCCUCGAUCAAAAAAACAUGAGUGGCGAAUCUCCAUACUAUGUCAUGUUUGGGCCUGAUAUAUGCAGUUCUGAUACAAAGAAAGUCCACGCCAUUUUGAACUACAAGAACAAAUUUCAUCCCAUCAAGAAGCCGAUUCGCUGCAUCGUGGACGGUUUCACACAUUUGUACACCUUGGUGUUAAACCCAGACCACACGUAUAAGGUGAAGAUCGACAACCGAGUGGUGGCAUCGGGCUUCUUGGAGGAGGAUUGGGAUCUGCUGCCCCCGAGGACCAUCGACGACCCGGCCGUGGAAAAGCCCGAGGACUGGGAGGAGGAGGAGGAGGUGGAUGAUCCGGAAGACCAGAAGCCGGAGGACUGGGACAUUCCAGAAUUCCUUGUGGACACGAGCGCCGAGAAACCGAAAGGCUGGGAGGAAGCGAAGGAGGGCAACUGGCAGCCGCCUCUCCUGCCAAACCCACUGUACAGAGGCGAGUGGCGGCCCCGGAAAAUCCCGAAUCCCAAAUACAAAGGCGCUUGGCCCCAUCCUCAAAUUGCGAACCCGGAAUACGAGCCCGACGUGAACCUUUCUGUCUACAAAGACAUUGGCGUCCUCGGGCUGGACCUGUGGCAGGUGAGAUCCGGAACCAUUUUCGAUAAUUUCCUGAUCACAGACGAUGAAGACUAUGCAGAAGAUUUUGGCGAGGAAAUGUGGAGGGAGACUCAGGAGGCGGAGCAGAAGAUGAAUCAGCAGCAAACUGAGGAAGAGAAGAGGAGGAAACAGAGGAUGGCAAAGAAGAAGGAAAGGCCCCAGAAGAAGAAGCCGCUGGGGAGUGCGGUUCAGAAAGACGAGCUCUGAUUUCCCUUUGAUUGUAACAAAAGAUCGCUCGUAAAGAAACGUUCAGCGUUAGGGGUUAUGUUUAUUUUGUUCCAGUGGUUGGUGUCUAUUCCGUUUGUGACCGAGUUCUGGAAAUGUUCAAUAAAUGUGU